UUUAAACGCGUCGCGGCGUGGUUGUGCUGUGUUGUGUGUGGAAAAGGAACCGUUUCCAAUUAAAGGGAGAUUCAUCCUGGCGAACAACCGAUCGGUGCUCACGAAAUGCAAGUGAAAGUGAAGUUCCGAUCAUCGAUAGAGACGAUACGAGUAGCUGCCGAAUGAGCUUAUUAGUGUAACAAUAUAAUAGAUCUUACUUAAUAAGCACAGGAUAAAUAAUCACAUAAGUCGGAUAAAAUUCAUAUAAUUGUAUUUCAAUUGAAUUUGCAGUUUACGCCCUCUGGUUUCAACAUCGCAUCGGAGUAACAGGAUACAGAAAUACAGCAAGGAGCCAGGGGGGGAGGCAAUAUGACGGCCCUGUCUUUACGCUGGCCAUGGGCUCGCGCUCGCGGAGGGGGCAUCAUGUUUUCGCUUUGGCCUUUGAUGAUUGAACGAACAUUCCAGCUGGCGUAAGCAGAAGGACACACAGAGCCCAGCGACAACGCAAUCGAUAGCCACACAAAGGAUCGCUACACACACCCGAAGGGCAAAGCGCCGAUCAGCCAAUCAAAGUGUGCCCCCAGAGCAGCGGAUAGCGCACCAUAGGGGCAUUGGUAUUCCAUUCAAUUGACUGCGAACCCGCGGCACAGAGUACAACAACAAAUCCAGAACAGUCGGCGCUGCAGGUUCCUCGGAAUGAGCAGCAACAGCAGCAGCAGCAGCAGCAGCAGGCGGAGAGCAGCGGAAAGGCAAAGGCUGAGGCCUGAAGCCUGUCGGCUGCUACUGUGGUUGGGCAUGCUGCUGCCAUUGAUUCUGCUGCAGUUGGGGCAGGGACAGGGCCAGGCGGUGGCGGCGGCGGCGUCAGAUCUAGAAGCCGCAACACCCAUUGGAUCCCCACGGACUCGCAACAAAGCGGAAGCUGAAACCCUGAUGGCGGCUGGCGACAGCUUCAACAUUCGCCACGGGCGCUCCCGCACCUCCCAUCUGCUGCACAGCACAAACAUCAACAGCAAUGACACAAGUGGCGGUACCAGCCUCGCACGCCCCAGCCCAGUCACGCCCACGCCACACCCUGAGGCAGGUGGCACAACAAGCGCCCCAGUCACGCAUAAAAUACGCAAAUUGCAUAAGAAGAAAAUCAACGAGAGCAUUCGAAAGAGCGUGGACAAGAGCCUGGGUGUGCUCCAUCCGGCCAAGAAUCAUCGCAGCCUCGCAGAGGCCGAACAUCUGCAGGGUCGCCCACCCACCAACGACGACGAGGACCAUGAGGAUGAGGAUGAGAACGAGGACACGGCCGCUCUCAGUGAGGUCAUGCAAUUGGCGGACGAGAUUGAUUUGGAGAAUUCAUUAGAGUCGGCUUACCAGAAUGUUGUCGUUGGCUUGACUGCCACGCCCACGCCCACGCCCUCGCCCAUGCCACAGCCCCAGCCCCAGCCAACGUUCCCUACGGUAGCAGCGGCAGUUGUCAAAUCAACUUCGACACGUGCCACAGGUGCAGCCGAUGGAGCUCUGCAACGGCGGCCAUUUCUGCGUGCCAACAUUGAUGAUGCCAAUUACGCGGAGGAUGAAGCGGCCAUGGAAGACUCCCAGGAGCUGGAUGUGGAUGUGGAUGAGGAUGAGGACGAACCGUUAUCGACCACUUCCAUGCCGAAAAUUGUGAAAUUUGCGCCUCAUCAUGGGGCAAGAACACGUCUGCUGCCAGUGAACGGCAGCAGCUGGCAGGGAGGCAAACGAGGAGACGAAAGCGACACUGGACGCCGCUCAAGAGACUCUACAGAAUCCGAUUACCGUCUCGAUUACUCGCAUUCACGCAGUGAAAACGAUGCCUUCAACAAUGACGACAAUAUCGCUGAAGUCGAUGCCGAUGACGAUGACGAUGAUGAUGAUGAUGAUGAUGUCAACGCGGCAAAGAAGCAGUCAAAUGCCAGGUUGCCCUUUGAGGAUUUGCAGCUGCUCAAUGACAGCAGCAGCCGCAGCCGCAGCCGCAGCCUCGGCAGCACCACAGAUGGAUGGAUGGAUGAUGGCAAUCGGAAUGGAGGUCCUGGCGCCGAGGCGCGCUCUCAGGCCAACAUGGAGGUGAACCAGAUCCAUUUCGAGGGCGAGGGUGAGUCUGAGGCUGUGCUGGAUACCUCAGAGGUAACCAUGGACGACGGCUAUCCGCCGGAGGUGCAAAUCGAUGACAACACCAAGCAGCUGGUCAUCGAGGAUGUCGAGGGCACCGACGACGACACAGACGCGGAGAACAUGGAGUCGAAUCAGCUAACGGCGGAUGUAAUCAAUGCCAGGGACAGCAAAAUAGAUUUGGUCUCCAAGUUCCUGCAGUACAUCGAGCAGCAGCACUUGAUGGGCUCCAAUUGUGUGGCCGGCACAUCGCUGAAUCUCGGCGAGGGCGUGGUCGACCGCUAUGCCCAGGACCGUUUCCGCGUGGAGGCCGAGGUGGCCGUCAAUCGUGCCAACAUGUUGACCAGAAUAUUUAAGACAACGGGGCAGCGGGUGCAGGAGGAUGUCAACCUGCUGCAUGCCUCUGUGCUAUCGAUGGUGGAGUUUGACGAUGAUAUAUUCGCGGCCGGAAAUUGCUUCGAUUGGAACGAACAUCCCGCACAGCCGGGCCUCUUCUGUCCGUUUGCCUACCGCCUGCCACCGCCGAAUCUGGGCGCCAUCUUUGCCAAGGAUCUGGCCAUGGAAUAUCACUAUCUGGGCAAUACCUCCGAGUGGUUCUUUCUGGCCCGCAAGAAUGCCGAAAAGGUGAUAGCACGCAAUGAGCAGUAUCUAAAAUCCUUCCAUCUGUACUCGAAUCGCACCGAGGAGCGCAUCGAGGAUGAUACUUUGGCGGUUAAAUAUGAGGAUGGAAGAUGGUCGAAGCCGUAUUACGAUUGCGGUGGUGGCAACAUUUGGAUGCUAACCUACACGGUGCCAUUCUUUGGCUAUGAGAAUGGCAGCUAUCACUUCAAGGGAACAUCUGGCAUUGAUAUUGACUUGCGGCGCGUGGACAUCGACCAGUGCCCGCAGCGCCACACGCCCGGCACCAAGCGGCCCCUAAAUAUCUUUGCCGGCACCGACAAGUGCAAGCAGCGCACCACAAUGUGCGAGGCCAUCAUGGGUCUGGGCUUUCGUCGCGGCUCCUACAAAUGCCUCUGCCGCAAGGGAUUCUACUUCCCCGAUGUGGUCUCGCUCCACAAGUUCUUCAAUGGCAGCCUGCUGGAGGAGGAAUACGAAAAGCUGAUGCUGGGCAAGAAUUCAACGUACAACAGCAACAGCGAGUACGAGUGUCUGCCCUGUGCCGAGGGCUGUGACUCCUGCGAGGACUCGUCGCCCUGCAUUGCUGCCCUCAACUGGCCGAUGCGCACCAGCAUCCUGGCACUGGCAUGCAUUGUCAUUGGCCUGCUGCCGCCUGCAGCCUGGUUUACCUUUCGCUAUCAGCAAGUUAAGGUUGUACGUGCCGCCAGUCCCGCUCUGUUGCGGGUCAUUGCAUUGGGCGCCUUCUGCAUUUAUUGCACGAACAUUGUGAUGUAUCCGAAUCCGAAUCUCUACACCUGCACCGCUCGCAUCUGGCUGCGAGAGAUUGGCUUCUCCCUCACCUACGGCGCUCUGAUGCUUAAGACCUGGAGAAUAUCGGUGAUUUUUCGUGUACGCUCCGCCAAGGCUGUCAAAAUCACCGACGCUGCCCUGCUGAAGCGUUUGGGCAUCAUUUGCGGCGCCAUUGGCACCUGCCUGCUGGUGAGGACACUCGUAUCGCCGCCAGAUGUUGUUGUGGGACGCACCGCCGAUGACUUGAAGGCGUUCCUAUGCAAGACCGACUGGUGGGACUACACAUUCACAUCGAUGGAGGUGCUGUUCCUGGCCUGGGGCGUUCGACUGUGCAUCAUGGUGCGCAAGGCACCAUCCGAGUUCAACGAAAGCCGCUUCAUAUCGAUGGCCAUCUACAAUGAGUUCCUGCUCACCUGCUUCCUCAACGUUUCCAUGCUGUUCCUGCAAUCGCCGGCCAAUCCGGAUCUCCUGUACAUCAUCUUCUUCUGCCACACUCAACUGACGGUCACCCUGCUGCUGGCCCUCAUCUUUGGCAGCAAGGUGUACAUCGUGCUGCGUAGUGGCAAAUCGCAUCAGGAGAACAUUGGCAUGGGCACCAAGGCAUCCGGUGCCAAAUUCAAUUUUCGUCCUCAAGUCCGCACCUUUGCCAAUCCCAGUUCGAUGACCACCACAACGGUGCCAGUGGCAGCAGAAAACAAAUUGUCCGACCAGGAGGCACUGGAGGAGAUCCGCCAGCUGAGCAUGCAGCUGCAGCGUAUACAGGAGAUGGCACCGCCCAAGGGGGUGGCCGUGAUGACGAUAUCGAGCCUGCUCGAUGGACUGAAGACCUCCGGUGGCAUGAUGGCCGUGGCAGCCGGACAUGCGGCAGCGCGUCAAAGUGCCCUGCCACUGUUGGCGCUGAAUGCGGAAAUGCAGAAAUACAAUCAGCAGAACAUCAAUGCGAAUGGCCGGGGUGGCACUGCCAGUGCCAGUGCCAGUGGCCGCACAAGCAUACCCACAAUGGUCCUGGAGACGCCACCCUCGUCGACGCCACCAUCGACGGCGUACGAGGAGCGAGCCAUUAACACGGAGCUCAGCGGUGACGAUUUCCGGGAGCAGCUGCUACGUCGCACCGCCGACGGUCACAUCAUCUGCAGCCGCUGCCUGGACGCGUCCAAGGAGCACUACUACUGCUGUCCGCCGCGCAGCGCCUGCGACCAUAUGGGCUCGCCCCAGCAGGAGGGCAGCAUCAGCUUUGCCAACAUCAAGCUGGACUGCAUGUGUUCGCAGUCGGAGGACCUCGACCAGGACCAGGACCACACGCUGCGGCAGCAGCAGCGGCAGCGGCGUCCGGCCGUGCGCUCGGCAGCCACCAAUACGCCGCCCCCCAGCUGCAAGCGUGCGCCCCGCAACCUGCUCGAGGCCGACGUCUGCAUUACGUAUCAAAUUUGUGAUAACUGUAGAAGUAAGUAUAAGCUUAGUGGCCGCCGACGCAGCGGCAGCUGCACCCAGGCCCAGGCCCAGGCCCAGACCCACAGCCACGUCCAGCCCGGCGGCGCCACGGUCCAGAGCCAGGCGCAGUCGCGCAGCAGCGAGCUGCUACUCGAUCGCAGUGUGAGCGUGGCCCUAGCCGCUGCCAAGGCCGCACAUUCCACAGACGACAUUGUGCUGUACACCAGCUCCACGAAAGAGAAGGAGGAGGAGGAGGAUGGGGAGGAGGAGCAGCAGCAGCAGGAUGCUGAGGAGGAGUUGCCCGAAUCGGCGCCUGAUCCAGCACCAGCGCCCUCGCUGGGCAAUGUCUCGAAUGUUUCGAAUGCCUCGAACAACUCCACAAGUGGCAGUGGUGGCACAACGCGUCCCAAGCGGCCGGAUAAGUUGGUUUUGGAUCUGAACGAUCGUUCAAAGUACACCAAAGAGGUUUCUGUAUAAAGAUUUGGGAAAGCUAAAGGCGGAGACAAGGAGCCAAAGGAGUUUCAAACUCUCUUUCAGGUGGUUUUUGGCCUGGCAUCCCUGUUUGGUUUAUAGUUUAUGUUUACGCAAAUUGAUUAACCAAAGACUUUAAAUUGUAUUUCCAUUAGCCACUUACUAUACUCGUAUGUAGAUAUCGUUACGAUUGAGCUAAGGCUAGAGAUAAGACACGCCCCAGGGCCUUAAAACACCUGACUUCAGUGAAAGGAUAAUGGAGAGUGUCGUCGGGUCAGGGAUUUGCAUAUUGCUGAGCAACAUGAUUUGCAGCCAUAAUGAGCCCCUCAAUGCUGUGAAUAUAUUUUGCCCAAGCGAAAGGCAAACAAACCAAAGAGCCCCAGACAACACACACACAACACUUUGCUGGAAAGUCAUGUGUUUUGGGCUGGCUGUUUAAUUGAAUUUAUGUACAUUUGAUGCAUGUGAAUAGGUGCAACAUAAAUUGCUUAAUAAUUGAAAAUGGCAACGAAUCAUUUCCAAUAGUUGUUCAAAUUAUAAUGACGGUGAAAUGCAUUUGCUGCUUAAUUAAUUAAGUCAUGUCUAAGUGCCGAUCCAAUUAAAUUACUAAUACAAUACGUUCCAACGCAGUGCAGUCUCUCUCUCUCUCUCUCUCUCUGUAUACACUUUAACAAUAAGUUUGUUGAUGGAAACUGUUUAAAAUACAUACAUAUCUCUGCCAAAACACAACACAAACUGCAUGGAAAAACCCUAAAUAAAUAUGCGAACAUUUAAACGUAAUUGUAGUUAAAGUUUCUGAUGAAUUAAUUAGCUCGUGUAUACAUAAUUAGCUGCAAUAUAUUACACACA